AUGGGCCUUCCAGAAGAUUUACAACCUCUUGAUUCUCUUUUCCAGCGUCGAUUAAGUGAGAUUUCUUCCUCGGCUGGUCAAGCUAUCACCCGAGAACUGAAGAGACUGUCGAAGAUCCCCCCUCAAUCCGCCGAAUAUGGUGUAGGAAAGACUUAUAUCGAAUGGCUGCUUUCCCUUCCUUGGAAGAAAGUGACAGAGACCCCCCACGAUCUCGAUCUAGCGAAGGCGAGGAGUAUACUGGACGACGAGCAUGAAGGAUUAGAAAAGGUCAAGCGUCGGGUUGUCGAAUAUCUUGCUGUCUAUCAACUGAAACGCAAACUCUUCGAGGAAGAGGCGGCUGCGAAGCUGCAAGAGAAGAAGACUACCAAAACGACUCAUCAAGCUGUACAGAAUGCUGCGUUCGACGCGUCCACAGCCGGAGACCUACUCGAGCUCAUCCCGAAAGACGAACGUAAGGCCCUGGAGGAGACUCAGACGCCCAUGGAUGAUAUCCUCACCAAGGACGUGUAUAGAGACAAGGGGCCGAUUUUGUUGUUGGUGGGUCCGCCAGGUGUGGGGAAAACUUCCAUCGCUCGCUCGUUGGCAACGUCGCUGGGUAGGAAACUUCACCGCAUUUCCUUGGGUGGAGUAAGGGAUGAAGCGGAAAUCAGAGGUCAUAGACGGACAUACAUCGGUGCUUUACCCGGAUUACUCGUACAAGGCUUGCGCAAGGUCGGCGUGGCCAACCCUGUCAUCUUGCUUGAUGAACUUGAUAAAGUUGGCACAUCCAACUUCCAUGGUGACCCUUCGGCCGCCCUACUCGAAGCCCUUGACCCUGCUCAAAACUGGUCGUUCCACGAUCACUACCUCGGCGAUGUCCCUAUCGAUCUAAGUCAAUGCAUGUUCAUCGCCACUGCCAAUACUCUGGACACCAUCUCCCCGCCUCUUCUGGACAGAUGCGAGACGAUCACAUGUUCUGGCUAUGUGACUUCUGAGAAACUCGCCAUAGCCAAAAGAUUCUUACUUCCGAAGCAGGUGAAAGAGAACGGAUUAUUGGCAGUAGGUGUACAAAUGGGUGAUGGAGUCAUUGAAAAAGUCAUCACUGAGUUUACCUUCGAGGCAGGAGUGAGGUCAUUGGAGCGUGAGAUCAGUAGGAUUUGUCGGACCAAAGCGGUGGAAUACUCCACAGCUCGACAAUCAACCCAUAGUCCCUACAAUCCCGAAGUAACCUCGAAUGACGUCGAUACGAUUUUGGGCGUUGCACACUUUGACCCGGACGUCCGAGAAGAAACGCAUCGACCAGGGGUGGUAACUGGUUUAGCGUGGCAAGCUUCCGGUACGGGCGGUAUCAUGUUGAUAGAGACUACCUUGGUCCCGGGUGGUAAUGGACAACUCGUCUUGACUGGAAGUUUGGGAGGUGUAAUAUCCGAAUCCGCUCAACUGGGUUUGACAUGGGUGAAAAGUCAUUCCGCCUCUCUUGGUAUUUUGUUAGGGGAUACGGAUCCAUACAAAUCUCACGAUAUCCACCUUCACCUUCCCGCCGGCUCAGUGAAGAAAGACGGACCCAGUGCGGGUAUUGGAAUGGUUCUGGCUAUUGCUAGUCUCCUCACGGGACGUGUUGUCCCUUCCACUACCGCAGUGACUGGCGAGAUUACUCUUCGUGGUGCAGUGACACCGGUCGGGGGAAUCAAGGAGAAAGUUCUCGGUGCUCAUCGAGCGGGCAUCAGAAAGAUCAUCCUCCCGAAAAAGAAUCUGAGAGAGGUGAUGGCGGAUUUACCGGAGAGCGUAAAGGAUGAAAUGGACUUCGUGUUUGUGGGGACUAUCGAAGAGGCUUUAGAGGAAGUGUGGGGGAAAGAUAUCUGGACCGAUACGAGUAGACCGAGGUUGGAGGCAAAGUUGUAA